ACACUGUUGUCUUGUUAUGUCAAAAUAUUCUGUUUAUGUUUUUCAAGUGUUCAUAUUUACCAGUCAGUGUAUGAAACUGAACAGAUAAAUGGAUAUAAACAGUAUGGUUAUGAUGGAGAACAUUUUCUAGUGUUCCACUUGAACACAUGUUCAUGGAAAACUGCAAAACAUCAAGGCUUCAUCACCAAACACAAGUGGGACCAUGACCCAUCUGCAUUGGACAAAUUAAGUUAUUGUACCCAGAUUUGUUCCUGGUGGCUAAAAAAGUAUAUGAACUAUGGGCCGUGCCAGUGUCUUUCUUCCAUAAGACUCCACCCUCUCCAGUCAGCUGCCUCAUGUACAGGUUUCUAUCCCAACAGAGCUGAGAAAUUCUGGAGGAAAGAAAGAGAGGAGAUUUAUGAAGGUGUGGAUAAAGGAGAGAUUCUCCCUAACAAUGACAGGUCCUUCCAGAUGAGUGUUGACAUUGAUCUGCCACCUGAAGGCUGGACAAAGUAUGAAUGUGUGUUUCAGGUCUCUGGUGAAAGUGAAAACCUCAUCAAACUGGAAAAUAAUAAAAAAUCAAGACCAAUCCUGGUGAAAGUGGACUCAGAGAAAAUUUGCUUUCAUAAGAGCAUCCAUGUUGUGCAUGUGUUUAACGAUGUGGUCACACUGUUGGUUAUCUUGCAUUUUCAAUAAAGAAUA